AGUAUGAAGCAGAACAGCCUCAGUUUCCAGAUGUUCAUGAAUCAAAAUGUGGAUCUGUGUCUUUGGAAGCAGGAAUAUUGGAGCCAUUAUAUAUGGAAAAAUUUUAUUCAGCUGCAGCUGAUACUGUUGUCCAAGAGUCACUUCUCACACCUGAGGCAGCCCCCUUUCCAGAACGACCUGAUCCAAAAACAUGUUCUGCUCGAGACUACUUAGAGUAUUACAUAUUUCCAGUGCUCUUACCCGGAAUGGCCGAACUACUGCAUCAAGCAAAGAAGGAGAAGUGUUUUGAGAGGAAAAGGACCAAAUUUAUUGCCUGUGAUUUCCUAACUGAGUGGUUAUACAACAAGAACCCAAAGAGGAAAGAUGAGUCAUUCACAGAAUUCUUUUCCAUUCCUUUUGUUAACGAGUGGCUAAAGGACCAUCCUAGGCCACCAAUUCCUCUCUCUCUCCUUCUAUCGGAAGAAGAAGCGAGCAUAGUAAUUCAGUCCUUCUGGAGGGGUUAUCGGGUCCGCUGUGAUAGUGAAAUACAAGAGCUACGUCAGUGGCAAAAGCAGUUGAGAGAAGAAAAAAACAUUUUUCAAAGAGUGAAAGAAUUCUGGGCUAAGCAGGAAGACAAAGCAUUUAUUGUUAGUAAAAACUCCAAUGUCACAAAUAAAGCAUUAAGAUCUAUGAUCAAAAGAAAAAGAGGAAAAACAUUUUAA